UGUAUAGGUUUAAAGCACAAGUUGAAAGUUGCUGCCCUAAUAGCAUAGUGCAGAUCGACCAUCAUACCAUAAAUGGUAAAAUAAGGUUUAGAAGAAUUUUUGUUGCUCUCAAACCUUGCAUAGAUGGAUUUCUUAGUGGCUGCAGGCCGUAUUUGGCUGUGGACAACACCUUUAUGACAGGCAGAUUCAAGGGGCAAUUGGCUAGUGCUACUGCAGUGGAUGGCCAUAAUUGGAUGUAUCCAGUUUGUUUUGGAAUUUUUGACUCUGAAACAAAUGAAAAUUGGAUCUGGUUCAUGCAAUUGCUAAGACAGGCCAUAGGAUCACCAACAGGUUUAGCCAUAUGCACUGAUGCUGGCCAAGCAGUGAUGACAGGGGUAAAAGAAGUGUUCCCGGAGGCAGAACAUAGAGAAUGUAUGUUCCACUUGGUGAGCAACUUCAAGAAGAAGUUUACUGGAAAAGUAUUUGAUGACCACCUAUGGGCAGCUGCUUACUCAUGGAACCCAUAUAUAUUUGACAAGAGUUGGGCUGCAAUGGAGGCAGUAAAGCCAGCCGCAACAACAUAUAUUAGGAAGUGGCACAAUAGGUUGUGGUCUAGGAGUCAGUUCUCGACCAUAUGCAAGGUGGACUAUGUAACCAACAACUUGGCGGAGUGCUUUAACAAUUGGAUCAAGCACCACAAGUCAUUGAACUUGGACGAUUUCUUGGACAAGGCGAGGUAGAUGAUUAUGAUCUUGUGGAAUGAUAGGAGAAAAGUAGCAAAGAAGUUAGAUGGAUUGAUUCUACCCCACAUAAUGAAGAAGUUAAACGCAUUGACUAGAGAAUUCAACUUGGAGGUGGUAGAAUGCUCAGAAGAAGUGGCUGAAGUGGUUGCAUUAGGAGGCAGCGGUUUUAGGUUUGUCGUUAACUUGCAGGAUCGAACAUGUUCAUGUCGACAAUGGCAAGUUUGUGGUCUUCCUUGCAAACAUGCUCUUGCAUUCAUCACAUCACUUAGCGAUGCUCACAUAAAGAAUUACGUUGAUUUGUAUUAUUCCACUGAAAAAUUCAGAGCAGCUUAUUCCAACCUGAUCCCUGCUAUGCCUGACAAGAGCCAAUGGCCUGAAUCUGACCAUGGAUUUUUCAUGCAUCCACCACUACUUAAAGCUACAGCUGGCAGGCCUAAAACUGAGAGAUAUAAAGGUUGUAGUGACAAGAAAAGAAAAAAGGGCAAGCACUUAUGUCCAAUUUGUAAGGAAUAUGGGCAUCAUUGGCACAACUGUAAGAAGGGUAACCCUGAUGACAUUGCUGCAAUGUUGGCUAUUAGAGAACCACCAAAGAAGAGGGCAAAGACUAGCAAAACAACCCAGUCCAUUGUGCCUUGCGAGGAUGGAGCACCAACAAGGAUGCUUUUUCCACCACCAAGCCAAAGCUUGGAAACUACAACUAAGAAAAAGAGAAAACGUGACAACAUUGAAUCUGGAGGUUCAAAGAGGUACUUUUCUGUAUUACUUGCUGCCAUAAACUUGUUGCUGCUGCCAUAAACUUGCUGUAUUAUGCUGCUGCCAUAAACUUGCUGCUCUAAACUUACUGCUGCCAUAAACUUGUUGCUGUCAUUACUGCGAUAAACUUGCUACUGCCAUAAACUUUAUGCUGUCAUUACUACCCUAAACUUAUUGUUGCCAUACACGCAUGUGCAGAUCAAAAACUGGCUCCAUUGAGAAGGCCAAGACGAAAAAGAAGGUUGCUAAGAAGAUUCCGGUGCCACUUGACAGCCCAGCAAUGGGCACAAGGAGCAGAAAGUUUAAUCCUCCUAGCCUGCUAUGAGCACAAGAAGCAAAAGAAGGCUCAGCUUGUAAUUUCAUAUGCUUCUAUGCUCUUCCAUUGAUGUAAUGGUUCUUUUGGAGUUCUUGUGAUAUGAUGGUUCUUUUGGAGGUCCUUUAGCCUGACAUAUGUGAACUAUUGGCGACUUAUGUGUGAAUCUGGUUGCUUAUGGCACUUGUUGAGAAUUGUUCAAUCGAUUAUGUAUAUGUAAACUGUGUGUAGGGGAUAUGACAUCAAAAUGCAGGGGAGGUUUUGCCGAUUUUUUUGAAUUUUUUUGAAUUAGCGUUUCAGUUAUUAUGAAUCUACAUGCACGGUUCCAUAUUACAUAGUACAACAAUAUUUCUUGUAUUUUUGUCACACAUUGCACCAGGGUCAAAAGUGACUUUGUAUGUGAAAAGUUGACACCGUUAGCUCUAAAAAUACACUAGAGUGUCAUGUGAGGCAUAAAUUUUACACAAGUGUCCAUAGAAGGAAGCAAAAAGUUGGGAGUGUCACAUAAGGCAUCAUAUUUUAGUAGUAGUGUCAUAGAAGGAAUUCUCUCAUAUUUUUUUGUGGGAAAUAGGAAGAUUUCAUUACUCAAGGCGGCUUUUCAGUCAUACACAAAUUUACAACAGCGUCUGUGCCCGUACCAAACCAAAUGACAGUACGGGGUGUGCUACUAACUUUAUUUUGAGUACGUCUAAUAUGCAUAAUUGAAAUCUCUCAUGGGUCCUCAGGCAUUAGUAACUGAAUGUCGCGCACAAAAGUCCUGUCUGGAGAGCGGUCCCCAUGACUCGUAUUUAGCAUCAAGACUGCCUGAGCGCAGUCCAACUCGAUCGCAAUGGGUAAUCCGGUGCGAUGAAGAGCAAGAUCAAGGCCUUCUCUGCACGCCAUGAGCUCUGCCUCUAGUCCAUCAUCACAUGUGGUGAUCUG